UUUAUAGAUUUAGGUCCCAUGAACAGAUCCGCAAUGCCCACGGUGACCGAGUUUGUUCUCCUGGGAUUCCCUGGUUCCUGGAAGAUACAGAUUUCCCUCUUCACUUUGUUCUUGGUGUUUUAUGUUUUAACCUUGCUGGGAAAUGGAGCCAUUGUCUGUGCAGUAAGAUGUGACCCACGACUACAUACACCCAUGUACUUUUUGCUGGGAAACUUUGCGUUCCUUGAGAUCUGGUAUGUGUCCUCCACUGUUCCUAACAUGCUGGCCAACAUGCUCUCCAAGACAAAGACCAUCUCUUUUUCUGGGUGCUUCCUUCAGUUCUACUACUUCUUUUCACUAGGCACGGCUGAAUGUCUCUUCCUGACGGUGAUGGCCUAUGAUCGGUAUUUGGCUAUCUGCCACCCCCUGCACUACCCCUCCCUCAUGACCAGCAGACUCUGCUGCACACUGGUGUCUGCAUGCUGGCUUACUGGAUUCCUUGGAUAUCCAAUACCCAUUUAUUUCAUCUCCCAACUUCCCUUUUGUGGUUCUAAUAUCAUUGAUCACUUCCUGUGUGACAUGGACCCGCUGAUGGCUCUGUCUUGUGCCACAGCUCCUGUUACUGAAACUAUUUUUUAUGCUCAGAGUUCCUUUGCCCUCUUUUGCACUAUUAUAUACAUUCUUCGAUCCUAUGUUCUGCUGCUUAGAGCAGUUUUUCAGGUCCCUUCUGCCUCUGGGCGGUGGAAGGCCUUCUCCACCUGUGGUUCUCAUUUAGCUGUGGUGUCCCUUUUCUAUGGGACAGUCAUGGUGAUGUAUGUGAGCCCUACGUAUGGCAUCCCCACUUUGAUGCAGAAGAUCGUCACACUGGUGUAUUCAGUAAUGACGCCUCUCUUUAAUCCCCUGAUCUACAGUCUUCGUAAUAAGGACAUGAAACUUGCCCUGAGAACUGUCCUGCUUGGAAUGAGAGCUAGUAAAGAUUCAUGA